GAGUCCAAGCUGGAGUCGGUUUCACUCGAGUCACGAGCUAAGCUUGGAGGCUCACUCUUCUCCUUCCCGCUAUGCUUUAAACUUGAAAAUUCGGCUGAAGCUCCUCGUUACAGUCGCCCCUAGCCUACCGUACUUUUCAGUGUUGUACGGACGCUUCUUUAUUAAUACAUUCUACAGAGUGAUUUCGGAAGCAAGGAGAGUGGAUAAGAAAUGGUGACAGGUGGAGGUUCUCUGUCAGCGGCGGCUCAACAAGCUGAGCAACUGAAACUCCUCGGAAACUUUUACUUCAAGAAAGAACAUUUUGGGGCCGCCAUCGAUGCUUAUACCGAGGCAAUCACUCUGUGCCCUAACAUUCCGGUUUAUUGGACGAAUCGUGCUCUGUGUCACCGUAAGCGCAAUGACUGGGCUAGAGUAGAGGAAGACAGUCGGAGAGCUAUUCAACUGGACAACAAGUCAGUCAAGGGUCAUUACUUCUUGGGGCUUGCAUUGCUGCAGAGACAAGAAUAUACCGAAGGGAUCAGAGAAUUGGAAAAGGCUUUGGAUCUUGGGAGGGGUGCCGAUCCUAAUGGCUAUAUGGUAGAGGAGAUCUGGCAGGAGCUUGCAAAAGCAAAAUACAUUGACUGGGAAAGUGCAUUUGUCAAGAGAUCAUGGGAAUUGCAGCAUUUGAAGGAAGCUUGUGAGUUAGCUCUAACAGAAAAGCAUUUUCGUGACGUCUCUCAAAUGGAAGGGUUUAUUGAUCAAGCUGAAGCUGAGCACUCAAAACAACUUCUUGCUUUAGAGAGAGUUUUCCGUGGAGCUGCAGAGGCUGACAUGCAUACUGAGGUCCCAGAUUACUUAUGCUGUAGAAUCACUCUCGAUAUCCUUCGAGAUCCUAUAAUUACUCCAAGUGGACAUACAUAUGAAAGGGCAGUAAUUCUUCAACACCUUCAAAAGAGCAAGUCUGAUCCAGUUACGCGGGAACCACUUCAUCCAUCGCAGCUUGUACCAAACUUGGCUAUAAAGGAAGCAGUUCAGGCAUUCUUGGACAAACAUGGGUGGGCAUACAAGCCAUAGGUGAUCAUUGAACUUUGAGGUUAACAGAUAAUUGUAUGUUCGUUAGGUGGAUAUAUAGGGCUUUUAUUGAAUCUUGAAAAUGUAUUGGGGGGACAUAUAUAGAAAAGAUAGAGUAAAAAGAUAAUAAAUAGAUUUUUUAUGCAGGUUUUGAUUCUUUUGUGUUGCUA